CCCAUCACCUCUCUCUAUCUCUCUCUCACAGCAAUAUGGUGACAUUAACACCGCCAUAAAUGCAAUUUCAUCCUCUCAAUACGCUCUGCAAUAACUCCUCACUGCCACACCUCUUCCCCUCCCCCCUCCCCCUCACUUCACCCUCUCCAAUGCUCUCUCCCUAUCCUCUUUUAAUUCCCUCUCUCCCCCUCAACCAUUCUCCUUAAAUUCUAUUCACGAGACCCUUCUAUAUAUCAUUCCUCCUUCACCACAAAACUGGUUUCAUUUUCUGCUCCCUUUAAUACCCAAAACCCUCUCCCACUUUUCUCUCAACUUAUUUAAAGACGAAGAAGGUUCUGUGUAGCUGAAGACCGAUAUUUCCGCUUGCGUUAUAUGAGAUAGAGAGUGUAACUUCAUGAGUUUAAAGAAAAGGAGAGAGAAAACAAGAAAUAUAUUAGAGAGAGAGAGAGAGAGAAAGAGGGGUAUAGUAUAGUAUAGCUGUUUAGUUUGUUGUUUUUCUGGUUUUCUUCUCAUUUCUCUCUGCAGUCAAGGCAGACAAGGAGAGAAAAAACAGCCUCGUUUUUUACAUCGUGAAACAUAAGUCAACCCUACAUAUAUAUUUAGAGAUAUAGAGAUAGAGAGAGAGAGAGAAAGAAGGAGAUCUUUAGGGUUUGUAGUUGAGCAUCAUAGAGAGGAAGCAAGAUGCCUUAGAUUUUGGAUGGUUUCACAAAAGCUCAAAAGCUCUCAACAGUAAUAGCAGAAAAGUUAUCUACCUGUGUUCAGAUCGUUACAAAUCUGCAGCGAAGUAGCAGGGAAGAUGUUUCAGCCAAACAUGUACGAAAGCCACCAUCAUCUGCUGGAUAUGAGCAGUCACAAGAACCCAGAAAACGAGUUGGAUAAUAUUAUCAGAGAUGAAGAAUAUGAGAGCAAAUCCGGCACUGAUAUCAUGGAAGCUCCCUCCGGCGACGAUCAAGAUCCCAACCAACGCCCUAAUAAAAAGAAGCGCUAUCACCGCCACACUCAACAUCAAAUCCAAGAAAUGGAAUCGUUUUUCAAAGAAUGCCCACAUCCGGAUGAUAAGCAAAGGAAGGAUCUUGGACGUAGAUUAGGGCUGGAGCCUCUGCAAGUCAAGUUUUGGUUCCAGAACAAGCGCACUCAAAUGAAGGCACAACAUGAGCGCAGUGAGAACUCGCAACUUCGGGCCGAGAACGAGAAGCUCCGAGCAGACAACAUUCGCUACCAGGAAGCACUGGGCAACGCAACUUGCCCUAACUGUGGCGGGCCCGCGGCCAUCGGAGAAAUGUCGUUUGAUGAACAACAAUUAAGGAUCGAAAAUGUUCGCCUGAGAGAAGAGAUUGAGAGGAUUACUCAAAUUGCUGCGAAAUUUGUGGGGAAACCGAUGCUUUCGUAUCCGAAUCUUCCCCCUCCGGGUGCCACUCGAUCACUUGAUCUUGGAGUGGGGAACUUCGGGCAUCAGCCAGGGCUGUCAGGGGAGAUGUACAGCGCCGGCGAUCUUCUCCGGUCAGUUUCCGGCCCCACGGAUGCUGAUAAUAAGCCGAUGAUCAUUGAGCUUGCGGUGGCGGCAAUGGAGGAGCUGAUAAGAAUGGCGCAAACUGGAGAGCCUUUGUGGGUUCCUAGUCCAGACAACUCCGUUAAGGUCUUAUGUGAGGAGGAAUAUGUCCGGACAUUUCCCCGAGGAAUCGGCCCAAAACCUCUCGGAUUGAAAUCUGAAGCUUCACGAGAAUCUGCUGUUGUCAUUAUGAGCCACGUUAAUCUCGUCGAAAUUCUCAUGGAUGUGAACCAGUGGUCGAAUGUGUUCGCUGGAAUUGUUUCGAGAGCGAUGACUUUGGAGGUUUUAUCGACUGGCGUUGCAGGGAACUACAAUGGAGCGUUACAAGUGAUGAGUGCUGAGUUUCAAGUCCCUUCACCGCUUGUCCCAACACGGGAGAAUUAUUUCGUGCGAUACUGCAAACAACAUUCCGAUGGGACUUGGGCUGUCGUCGAUGUUUCCUUGGAUACACUGCGCCCUUCUCCCAUCUCCCGAUGUAGAAGAAGGCCUUCUGGUUGUUUGAUCCAAGAAAUGCCUAAUGGUUACUCUAGGGUAACAUGGAUUGAGCAUGUUGAAGUUGAUGAUCGAGCAGUUCAUAACAUUUACAGGCCAUUAGUCAACUCCGGCCUUGCAUUUGGGGCCAAACGCUGGAUAGCCACACUGGAUCGACAGUGCGAGCGGCUCGCAAGCGCAAUGGCUAAUAACAUUCCGGCAGUAGACGGUGGAGUGAUAACAAGCCCAGAGGGCAGAAAGAGCAUGCUGAAACUGGCUGAGAGAAUGGUGAUGAGUUUCUGCGCCGGUGUUGGGGCCUCAACUGCCCAUACAUGGACGACGUUGUCGGGCAGCGGCGCCGAUGAUGUUAGGGUUAUGACUAGGAAGAGCAUAGAUGACCCUGGGAGACCACCUGGUAUUGUGCUAAGCGCUGCCACUUCAUUCUGGCUCCCCGUCCCACCCAAAAGAGUCUUCGAUUUCCUUCGCGAUGAAAACUCCCGAAGUGAGUGGGAUAUUCUCUCAAAUGGCGGUCUUGUUCAAGAAAUGGCGCAUAUUGCCAAUGGUCGUGAUCCAGGGAACAGUGUAUCUCUACUGCGUGUUAACAGUGCGAAUUCUAGCCAGAGCAAUAUGCUGAUAUUGCAAGAGAGUUGCACGGAUUCAACGGGCUCCUUUGUGAUAUACGCUCCGGUGGAUAUUGUGGCCAUGAAUGUGGUCUUAAGCGGCGGCGACCCUGACUAUGUCGCCCUCUUGCCGUCCGGUUUCGCCAUUCUCCCCGACGGGCCGCCCGGCAAUGGAGGGUUGAACCCGGAGAUUGGGUCCGGCGGAUCACUGCUCACCGUUGCUUUCCAGAUUCUAGUGGAUUCGGUUCCGACGGCGAAGCUCUCUCUUGGCUCGGUUGCGACGGUUAAUAGCCUCAUUAAGUGCACUGUGGAGAGGAUCAAAGGUGCAGUAGCCUGCGAUAGUGCAUGAAAUUGCCAAAAAAUGGGUUAGGUUGAUAUGUGAUGAAGAAUGGAAUAAGAGUCAAGAACGCACCUCAUGAGCACAAUCCUUGUGGCGUGGUGUUUUGUUUAGAAAGACAGCCAAGCAUUUCACCAGGGUGCAAGGGUGAUGGGUUCGGGAAUUGACUUUUGGGUUUAAUUAGGGAAGGACGGAAGAAUUGAAGUAAACGUAGAGGUUGCAUGAAGUUUUAAAUCGAUCGUUUUGUCUAUUUAUUUGAUUUAGGGGUGUAGGGAUUCAAGUUCUAUUGAAUUUAAUUUGUAUCUGUUUUUGAAAGAAUUGUUAGUUUUAGAAUGUGGAACUUACCACUCUUUUGAUUUGCUAACAAAUUCAUAGUUUCUUCUCUUCAAUUCUACCAUAUGUAUCUACUUUUGGAUUCAUUAGCCUAUUAUAUUAAAUUAAGUCAAUAUUUCUCUCAA